ACCAGUCUGGAGUGCGUCCGCCUGACGAAGACUUUCAGCUGGAUUUAGUGUUUCUCUGAUAACGGGCAGAAAUGUAUGAGCUGGAGAAAGGAAAUCUUAAGCGAUUUAACGACUACAUAGUGCAUACGCUACGGCCGUCUUACGUCAAAGGAUUCAUGACCUCAUACCUGCAAACAGAGGUGGUGGAGAGAAUUCUUUCAGAGGAAAAGUCCUCGGUCACUUCUGCUGCUCAAAUGCUUCUUCAGGAGAUAUGCGAACUGGAGGAGAAAGGCUGGUUUCAAGCUUUUUUGGAUGAACUCCGCGAAGGAGACUACACCGGACUUUAUCAGGCUAUUCGGGAGUGGGAUUUUCAACACCUUGAACGGAUGAGACCUUUUAAGAUGCUUUUGGAACGGGUUGAAGCAUCUUUCACCAAACAGAUAAAGCCAGUAGAGGUUGUGGAUCACCUGUCGGAAUGCAUUAUUGACCGUGAGCGAGAGGAAAUAAGAGCGAUUAGUGAACAAAAAGGACACAUUGCUGGAUCUGAAAAGUUGACAGAAUGUUUGAAAAGGUCGGACAAAUCCAACUGGUUCAAACUCCUAAAGCUUGCCUUGCACGCGUGCAAUUUUACACUGGCUUUGGAGUUAUUGGACCCAGAUCCAGGCACACCAGACUCUGGAAAAGCAGUGGAAGACAGCGAUGUAAAUGAGGAAACUACAACAGUCUGUUUUGAGUUCAGAGAAGAUCCUGUUAAUAGCCUGGUGGAAAGUAUGAAUGAGAGAGACUUUAUGACAUUCCAUGAUGAAGCAGCAGGAGGCAGUGGUGGGAAGGAUGAUUGUAAAACAUUUGGAGGACGGAAGCUGAGAUCCUAUCAAAGAGAGCUGGCAGGCCCUGCGUUUGAGGGAAAAAACACAAUUAUCUGCGCUCCCACAGGCUGCGGAAAGACAAUUGUUGCCCUUGCUAUCUGUGAUCAUCACUUGAAAACUAAACCUCCCCAGACAGCCAAGAUUGUCUUUAUGGCUACAAAAGUAGAUGUAUAUGAACAACAGUACCAAUUGUUCCAGGAUCACUUCUCUAACAUAGAUGAUGGGGACAUCAGGAUCACAGGUCUCUGUGGAGACAUGGGUGAACAGAUUUCCAUGGAUGUUAUUGUUGAAAACCACGACAUCAUUGUGCUGACGCCUCAGAUCUUAGUGAAUGCCCUCAAACGCAAAGAGCUACCUUCACUGUCUGUCUUUACCUUGCUGAUAUUUGACGAGUGUCACAACACCACUGGAAAGCAUCCCUACAAUAUUCUCAUGGCCAAUUACCUGGAUGCCAAACUGAUUGAAAGGAAUGAGCCAUUGCCUCAGAUUGUUGGGCUAACGGCCUCUGUGGGGAUUGGGAGUUUCAAGAACCAGCCGCAGGCAGAAAGUAACAUCUGCCAACUGUGUGCAAACCUGGAUGUGAGAGUCAUCUCGACUGUUAAGGAAAACAAGGAGGAGCUCAUGUCCUUUGUGAAUAUGCCUGAAAAGGAAUUUGUUGAGGUGAGGAAAAGAACAAGUGACCCCUUCAUUGCCAUCAUCCAUAACAUCAUGUCCAACAUUGAAGCACUGGCCAGGAAGGUGUAUGACAUAGAUUCCCUGUCCAAUAUUCAGAACCGUGAUUACGGCACGCAGAAGUAUGAGCAGUGGAUUGUGGACGUGCAGAAGCGAUGCAAGGUUCUGCAGCUGGAGGACAAGCAGAGGGAGAGCCAGGUGUGCAGGGCUCUCUUCAAUUUCACAGAGCACCUGAGGAAAUACAACGAUGCGCUCAUUAUCAACGAGGACGCAAGGACCAAGGAUGCCUUGGAUUACCUGGAGGUCUUUUUCAAUCAAGUGAGAAAUGCAGGAUUUGAUGAAACUGAACGGAAACUGACAGAAUAUUUUGACGUUCAGCACCCCCACCUGGUCCAACUGUCCAGGCGGGAGCCGCAGGAGAACCCGAAGCUGAAGGAGCUGAAGUUCAUUCUGGAUGAAGAGUACAGAAACAACGACCAGACUCGCACCGUGCUGUUUGUCAGGACCAGGGCGCUGGCUGAUGCAAUGAAAAACUGGAUUGAGGAAACAGACUCUCUGAAGUUUCUAAAGCCUGGAGUUUUGAUAGGCAGAGGGAGGAAGUCUCAUCUAACAGGUUCAGGAAUGACACAGACAUCCAAGAAGGGGGUGUUGGAAUCCUUUAAAAGUUCGAAUCAAAGUAAAAUCCUCAUCGCCACCUCAGUAGCAGACGAAGGCAUUGACAUUCCACAGUGCAACCUUGUGCUGAUGUAUGAAUAUGUUGGCAAUGUUGUCAAGAUGAUCCAAGUCAGAGGUCGUGGCCGGGCAGAAGGAAGCAGGUGUUUCCUUAUAUCUGACAAAAAGGAAUAUAUCGAAAAGGAAAGGUUAAAUCUGCAUCGUGAAAAAAUAGUGGAGAAAGCCAUUGCUACUUUGCAGAAUUCCAGGAAAUCAAUGCUAGCUAAGAUUGAUGCAUUUCAAAAGGAAGACAAGAUGAUAAGGGACCAUGUCAACUCAACACCGGAGAAACCCAGAACCCAUGGCAGCUUUGAACUCCUUUGUUCAAAAUGCAAGGAGUUUGCUUGUUUCUCUGAUGACCUGAGAGUUGUACAGGAGUCACACCACAUAGUUGUGGACAGGACCAUCUUAGAGAGAUGUGUCCAGAAGCCUCACAGGAAUCCCAGAGGUUACGGCAAUUUUGAAAAAAAGAUGAAGAUGUAUUGCCGUCAGUGCCAACAAGACUGGGGGAUCAUUGCCUCCUACAUGAACAUCGACGACCUGCCGGUGAUUAAAAUCGAGAGCUUUGUGGUCAAGAACUGUGUGACCAACCAGCAGCAGUACUUCCGAAAGUGGAAACAUGUCACAUUUGCCAUGAAAGAGUUUGAAAUAACUGAUAUACAUCCUGGGACAUCUGGUCCCACUGAAUGAUCACAGAAAUAGAAAAUGACUACGUGGUGAUUUUGUGGCCCUUCUAAUGUCAGUAUAUGUAUUGCACAGUGUACCUUGACCUGCAAAGAAGGUGCUUUUGAAACAUAGCCUUUCAUGAAUUAAACUUGGGAAUGUCGGGAAUAUUGAUCAGUAAUGAAAGACAAAUUUGUAGAAUUCUUAAUCAUUCAUAUUUUAGCAGGAUAUUGGUGGGAUGGGCACUUGUUGACUUACAUAAUGAGCUAUAG